AUGGAUGGCGUUAGGGAGUCCCCGGAAGCCACCUGGAGGCAAAAAGAGGACCUAGUAAAUCCUGGUGCUCCAGAGCUCCUGCUGCUGAUGUGACUUGUCUACCGUGUCAGGACCUUGCAGACCCCACAUAGGGGCCAUUCGGUGAGGGUAUCACUCUGGGUCCUGCUCCACGCAGCACCAUGAACGAUAACUUCUGCCGGGCCCUGGUGGACCGGAGGCCCAUGGGGCCCCCCAGCUGCAUGCAACUGGGUGUUGUGCCCCCUCCCAGGCAGGCGCCGCUGUCCCCGGCCGAGUCCUUGGGUAACGUACCCUUCCUGCUGUACCCAGGCCAUGCGGAGCCACCUUACUACGACGCCUACGCGGGGGUGUUCCCCUACAUGUCCUUCCCCGGAGCCUUUGGGGUCUAUGACUACCCCUUCGAGCCCGCCUUCAUCCAGAAGCGCAACGAGCGCGAGCGGCAGCGCGUCAAGUGCGUCAACGAGGGCUACGCGCGCCUCCGCGGCCACCUCCCGGGUGCGCUGGCCGAGAAGCGGCUCAGCAAGGUGGAGACGCUGCGCGCCGCCAUCCGCUACAUCAAGUACUUGCAGGAGCUGCUGAGCGCGGCCCCCGACGGGGCGGCCCCAGCCUCCGCCCGCAGCCUCCCGGGCAUCGGGCCAGCUGCUCUCCAGCCUGACUGCCCCGGCGACUGCGGGGCCCGGGUGCCCCACUCCCUGGUGCCCGAGUCGACCGAGUCCUCCUGCUUCUCCUCCUCGCCCUUUCUCGAGUCGGAGGAAUCCAGCCAUUGAUCGGACAGUGGCUGCUCCUCCACAGGCACCGUCCCAUUCUGGGGAGCAUCGUGCGCGCUGCUGGGUCACCCGCGGUGCCGUCAUCCUCGGACCUGCCUCCCCCCUCUCUGCCUCGGCCCGCAUUUGGGAAAGUUAGUUGGGGCCAGCUUGUCGCUCUGUCGUCCAUACCGCAGCGCAGCCUUGUCUCUGAGAGUGCGCUGGAAGCGAGCCGAUUUGAAUGCGCCAUGCCCCGACCCUCCGCAA